AUGAAAGGCGUGGUGAGUGUAUUUAUUGUCAAGAUUGAGGCCAAGGCCGACUUGUCCCGCUGGCUUGCUGCCGGCCAAGAAGAUAGCCAGUUUCACGAGAAUUGUGCCCAGGCAGAUGACAGCCCUGCCUCAGCGCCUGUUCCUCGCGCCGGGCUAGAGCCUCUAUGCGGCUCUGCUCUGCCGAAAUGA